AUGAAUGUACUCAAAAGAAUAACCGCAGGAACUGGUGCAUCACUGAAAUCAUUGAAAACUGCCAGAAGUGAUGUGACUCCAGAAAAAGUCACUGUUGUUGUUACCGAAGCGCCGGAGAAGCCAAAGGUGAGUAUCAAAGGCCUGACAUUGGACGAGACAGGUGCCAAGACCACAAGCAACGAACAUACUCAUGGCCAAGACACGACAACAACAGGAACUCACGAAACACCUCAAGCAUCAAGGGCUUCUGCAGAAGCAGAUAAACCUCCGGAGAAACCCCUCGGAGAGGCGCAGAAACCUCUGGAGAAGCCCCUUGCAGAAGCUCAGAAACCUCCGGAGAAAACUCCAGCUGCAGCACCGAAACCUGCGGAGAAACCCCCUGCAGCAGCGCCAAAACCUGCGGAGAAACCUCCUGCAGAAGAGCAGAAACCUUUGGAGAAAAUCGCUGAAGAAGUCGAAAGUAAACGCGCUCAGCCUGAACUCACACAUGAGGAAGCGUUGGGACUCAAGACCGUUGUUGUUGAUGACAAGAAACCAGUCGCUAAAACAGAACUCACCACUGAGCAAGCGUUGGCAAUCAAGGACGUUCAUGUUGAUGACAAAAAGAGGGUGACGCAGGCUAAAACCGAAGCGACCACCACAGAUUCU